AUGACCAUUUCAGAAGGGGCGAAUAUAGAAGUGUUAAGUAUCGACGCCAGUACUCCUCUAUUCCAAGCGGCGAAGAAUGGACACCAUGCAGUGAUGAAGCUCUUGCUUGCGACAGGGAAGGUGGAAGUGGACUCAAAGGACACUUUCGGGCAGACACCAUUGUCUUGGGCUGCGCGGAAUGGACACGAGGCAGUGGUGAAGCUCUUGCUGCAGACUGGGCAGGUUAAUGUGAACUUGAGGAACCGCGAUGGUAGGACGCCAUUGACUUCUGCGGCUAUUGGUGGCCAUAAGGAAGUGGUGAAACUGUUCCUUGCGACCCAGAGUGUGGACGUGGACUUGAAGGACAUCRACGAUCGCACGCCAAUGUCUUGGGCUGCGAUGCGUGGCCACGAGGCAGUGGUGAAGCUAUUACUUGCGACCGGGAAGGUGGAGGUGGACUCGAAGGACAAUAUCGGGCGCACACCGUUGCAUUGGGCUGCAGUGGCUGGACACGAGGCAGUGGUGAAGCUCUUGCUUGCGACUGGGAUGGUGGAUGUGGAUGCAAAGGACGCACAAGGCUGCACGCCAUUGUUUACUGCAGCGGUGGGUGGAGAUCAGGCAGUAGUGAAGCUGUUACUUGCGACUGGGAUGGUGGAUGUCAACACGAAAGACUCUGAAGGUCGCAMGUCAUUGUGGUGGCCUGCGCGGCUUGGCCACGAGGCAGUGGUGAAGCUGUUGCUCGCGACCGGGAUGGUGGAUGUGGACUUGAAGGACACGGAGGUAUUCACGAAUGUCUAA